AAUACAUUUGUGUGUAGGAAUUUCCUUUUUUUUAUAUUCAAGACUCGGAUUUUCCUAUGAAACACUGUUGACAGAAAUUUUGUAGAGUUUUGAUACUUUUUUUGUUCAGCUUUAGUUGGAUAUUUAAAGUAGAUGCAGUUAUCUAGAGUACAAUAUGAAUCAGGAAGUUACCUUCAGAGUGAUGGAACUGAGACGGAGUAUCGUCGAUAUGGAAAAGGUGGAGAGUUAGUUGUUCUCGUUCCUGGUUUCUCUUGUGGAAUGGAUAUGUGGAACUGUCUUAUACAGAAUAUUGCCAAUAGUGAAAUGUUCAGUUUUCUUUGUUUAGAGAACAGAGGUUUUGGUUCAGGUCGUUGCUCAAGUUAUCGUUUAUGGUCCAACCAAGGUGGCUAUUCAACGGAUACUAUGGCUAACGAUGUUUGGCAUAUUGUGAACAACUUUUCUAGAGGACAAGUCCAUCUCAUCGGCUUCUCCUUGGGUGGAAUGAUAGUCUCCAAAGCGGCCAGCGUAUACCCAGAAAGAGUCUUAUCGUUAACUUUACUUUCCACUCCAAAAUGCGGUAUUCAUAUUCUAUUGCCUGGUUGGAGAACGUUAAAAGUUGUGAUGCGUGUUAUUUCUCACUAUGUAUUCUUAAGAGUUUGUCCAUUAUGUCGCCAUCGAAGUUGUAAUGAAAGGAAUAACCAUGUAAGAAUAUUUUUUGAAAUCUAUUUCAAAUAUUCGGAAUAUUAUUUACUUGAGUUGACGAAAGAUAACAGUGCUCUUAUACCAAGAUGGCGUUUUAUAAAGCAACAACAAGAAAGAGAAAAGUAUUCUCUUCCUCGUUACAUGAGCAUUUGGGGACAGUUACAUGCGAUUCUCUUUCAUCGUCUUUGUCGUGAAGAAAUGACUAAAAUUCGUCGCGCUUCAUUUCCCAUUUUAUGUAUUUCUGGGAAAUAUGAUCAACUGGUUUCUGUAAAUGGUUGUCGAAACUUUGCUCGUGAGUUGAAUGGAAACUAUAUCAUGUUGUCCGGUGCCCAUUUCAUUACGGAAGAAUGUAUGGAGCAAGUUCAUCAGCUCAUUCGAUUGUUUUUGAAAAAGCAGUUAGAUUGCUUCAACGAUAUCUCACCAUUGUGGGUUGUGUAACAACCUUCGUAUGAAUAUUUACCAAUAUAAACAAAUUCUCUUUCUU